AUUCUAUAUUAUAUUUAAUCAAAAUGGGUUAGUGUGUAACGAAAGAAGGAGAUGAAUAAAGAAGUAUAUAAAGAAACUCUUAAAAACCUACGAUAUAACCAUAAAAUGGAACAUAUAACUCUAAAUUAUUGAAUCCUCAUAUUAAUGAUUGUAUAAUAUUAGAAGAAGAAUCAUAUUUAUAAUAAAGUUCUUUAUACUCUAUAUAUACAAUAAUGGAAGAAAACUAAGUUAAGAGAUCAACUUUAGCUAAUGCAGUAUCUAAGGUUAAACCUUUGGGUAAUGUCAUCACAUCAGGAAUAUCAGUUUAGUUCAUCAAUAUUAGUAAUGGAAGAAAAUUACAUUCCCAUGCUAUUAAAUAAGAUAAAGGUUUCAAAUAACAUGAAGUUAGUUUAUGCAAUGAAAUUGAAAAGACAGAAUAUGAUGAAUGGUUAAUUUUAACUAAUCAUUAUGAACCUGUAAAAGAUGGAGAUAUUGUUGCAGUAUUUAUAUUCUUCAUUUUUCAGAUUUAACAUAAGAUUACAAAAUGCAUUCUUAGAUCUAGUAAUGGUAUUAUGACAAAAUCAAAGUUAUAAUAGGUUUCAUGUGUAGAUAUCAUUUAAGAUUUAACUGAAGAUGAUUAUUGGAUCUUAGAAAUUAUUAAUGAUUCUAAAUCAAUUUGCAAAUUGCAUAGCAAUAAUCUAAUUAGUAAAUAUUUUCAUUUUUACUAAAAUAAGGAAUUAGACAUGCUCAUACAAACUCUUAUUUAUCAGGAACCAAAAAUAAAGCAGUUCUUAAAGGACAUAUGGAAGUUUGUGUAACAUAAUAAUCUGGUCAUGAUAUAUGGGUUGUUGAAGAAUCAAUUUGAUAGUAG